CUUUCCGUUUCAGGAGAUUUAAAUCACUGCUGGCGCCGCUACGAUGGCUACAAUCUCCAGAACACGAUUGUCAAUAAAAAGGAACAGCUGAAGAAACCCUAUGGCAUUCUGUGCAAUUUUAAGUGCACCUGGUUUUUUACAAUAAGUUUCCCCACCUGUGAAUUCAUCUACGAUUACAAGCUGUCGUGUUACUUAUUCACCUCACUGCCGGAUUGUACCACCGUCAAAUGUACGCUGCUCAACUAUUUUACAUAAUCGUAAUUUGCGAAAGAACAAAAAUAACAAAACAAAACUUAGCAACAG